CAGAGUUAUCCUUCGUAAUUCACGAAGAGGUAGUAAACACUAUGGCGGAAUCGUCGAAUUCUCAGGUUUCUGUUGUGAGUGAUAGCAUUCCAGUUGAUCAGUCUACAUACAUUAGUCUAGAAACACACAAGAAGAAGAAGAAGCCUCGCCGUGUUCUGCAUUUUAGUGAUGGUGUCCUCGAGGAGUACUCCACAGAUGAAGAGGAAGUGGGAGAGGAAGAAAAUAAACAGCUUCAGCCUCCAAUUGAUCCACAUACUUUAACUUGGCUUCCAUGGGUUUGGUUUCACUGUUACACAGCUGCUUACAAGGUCUGGACAGCUGCUGACUUCUGUGGGGAGAAACUUGCAUGGUUCUUUGGAAUCACCACACCAAAGUAUCAAAGUGCAAUAGAUGAGUAUCAUAGGAUGAAAGAAGAGGAAGAGAGAGAAAAGGCUGAGGAACAGAGAAAAUAUAAUGUACAUGGAGUCUCUGCAACUGAUAUCAAGUUGGUUGAAGGCACAACCAUGACAGGAGAGAAGCUGGACAAAUAUUAAGGCUAUUACUGCAGCAUGGACCAAUUAUGCCUUUGUUAAAAUGAAAUUAAAUGAGAGAGAGGUGUGUAAAUGUCUUUAAAUUUUUGACUGUGAUAUUGCAUUAUUUGAUGGUUCAUCCACGUAUAGUUAUCUAGCAUUUCCUGGGGAAAUAUUUAAAAUGGUUUUGAUAUUAACAUAUUCUAAUACAGGGGGUCUUCGGGUUAUGUCAGCCCCGUGUUACGUUGUUUCAUGGUUAUAACACAUCUCCCAUUUACUGUAUAAAGCCUUGUUUUCACUUACGUGGUUUUGCGUCAUAAACGUCAUAACAAAUUUUGUGGUUUUUUAUUUCUGUUUAUUAUUCCUGUUUCAUUUCAUUAUUAAACAUAUUUAUUUGUGUUUUUUGUUAAUUACUGUGUUAUGAUAGGUGUUAGGAUAGGAUUUACGUAGAGCAUGUUCGCAUGUUCCAACUUACAGCGAAAAUGAUUUGUGACACAAUGUAGGAAUGGAACAUCAUAAGUUGAGAACCGCCUGUAGUGUCAGAAAAGAGAUGGGGAGCUGCUUCAGGUCGAACAUACAAUCUGGGUGAUAAGCUGUAAGAGGAUCACCUUUUUUUCUGUAUACAUAUCUGCUUUUGUGAUGCGAUUAGUUAAAAAGCUCUGUCAUUAUUUUUUCUUUUGUAUAAAAGCAGUUAACACUUUAAAAAACAUUGCUCUUGCUAUUUGUAAAUUGGCUUGAAAGUAUAUCUGGGUAGCUGUUGGGUUUUUUGCUUAUUUUUGGAGUAUUGUUUUUGUGGUACUCAGAUUGGGAGAUAAGUUAUUUAACAUUUUGGGCUGGAAUGGCUAUUUAAGCAUUAUUUUUGAAAACAUAAUUUUAAAUCAGCUAAUAUUUUUUGGUGCAAUGCCUGUUGUAAAAGCUCAUUUAUAAACACCAUUUAAUUCAAAAUUUGUGUACAAGCUUUUGUGUUAAUACACUUUACAUUAUAUGUCAUGUUAAAGUGCUCAAAAACCUCCUCUUCAAAGUCAUGCUGAUCUAUUUUAAGGAAAUGAACCAUACCUGCUUCUUAAGUCUUGAAUGCUUUAAGAUUUUACAUGUUUUAAAAUGGCUGAUGUUAAAAAAAAUAAAAUAUUGUGACAAUACAGUAAUCCACAGUGAUGUGACCAUGUCAUAAUACAAGUCGUUGGGUCACUUGUCCUAGUCAUUAUUUUGACAAACACUAUAGGAAGCCUGUUGUAUUUUGAAAUCUCUGAGGUUGUGUCCUGUGUAGAGACAUUUGUUAGCAUGUGUUUUUAUAACUGUUGUCAUGCUUUUUAAAAAUUAUUUUAUAAAUGGUUCCCUUCUUCCUUGUCAUGAAUUAUGUAGAGGGAAUGUUACUUGUUGAAAACUUAAAAACACAAGUAAACUUAUUUUUAAUAUUUGUGGUAAAAUUGAAAAAAGUAAGUGCGAUCAUUAUUCAUCUGUCUUAUUAAAAUAAUCAAACCCACAGAAAUAAUGGUUGUCAUUAAAAGUGAGCAAACAAAGUUAUUGAUAUGAGUUGCUGAAGAACUUGAACCGGAUGAUCUGCCAAGUCUAAACUUAGUUCAGCCAUAAACUGGUUUUAUGUUCAUCAGUAAUCUAGUUUCUGUUUCUUCAGUUGCCUAACCUAUAGUCGAUGGAGCAAAGAUGGCUGCUCCCAUGUGAGUGAGGAUAUUUGCAAAUGACUUUGCACUGUUCUUUACUUUAUUCUCACUUCCAAGAAGUGUUUCCAAGAGGAAAACUAAAACAUUUUAAAAAGUGCCACUGCCAUGCUCCACAGUUAAUAUACAUGGUAUGUUCGUUCAUGGAUUGGCAUAGUAGAUGCUUCUUAUUAUCAGAUAGUGAUUUAACCGUCUUUUUGCACUGAAGUGGUUUUAUGUCAUUUAUAUGUAUUUGCAUGUGUAAUAUUUAUGUGUGUAUUUUAACAUUAUUUUGUUACAUUUGAAGUAACCAUUACACAUCGUGUGAAGGACCACUAAAUGCUCCAGCACUGCUGUGACUAUUUAGCACACUUUUUCAUCUCUUUUAACAAGAGAGGAUGGCUAACUGUAAGAUUGACGAGGUUCCCAUAGUGCAUUGUGGAAAACCUUUUCCAUCUUAAACUUUAUUUGCUGCCUAUGUUCAAACGAGUUCAGACCACCUGGUGCAAACCAUUUCGCUGACCCAGUUUCCAAGUGCAAAAGUGCACAGGGAAGGAAGGGGGUUGUGCAACGAGCAAUCUCGAUGUCCAUGUGAGAAUGACCAUGCACUACUGAGUGUAAUUUGUUGGAAAAAGGUGUUGACUGCUGCGAGAGUGAAAGAGUGCAGUCUGUAAAAUAGUAGUGUGUAUGACAGCUGUCUCUGUCAGCUGCAUGUGGGAAUGGUGUGUGGAAUUUAUGUCUUUCGUGAAACAACAAUUAUUUUUUUUCUGCGCCUGUAAAGUUCAUUAAAGAAGAGGACUGGUA